AUGAUCACGGAUGCUCUCAUGUAUAUGAACCGUGUUAUGUCGACGGACCACCGAAAGCCAUCUAUUUAUGUGGCUUCAAUCGCCAAAAGGUCGGAUGGACUAGUUGGCACUUGCUCGGGCAGUUCAGCGCGGAACGUCUUCACCAAGAGGCUACAAGAGCAAAUCAUAAGGACUGACUUCAGACAUAUACGAACAGUCCCCCAGCUUCUGGUCCUAUCCUCGGUCCAAAGCAUCAUCAACAAGGAUCUGCUGAUACAUUCAUCCCCUGAAGCAUGCAUCGAACUCGAUCCUGAUCCUGACCUCGACCCAAGCCAAGAACACGUAGGCCUCAGGGCCAUGGGGAUAGGCGCUGAAGACGCUGGUAGAAGGAACUAA